CAUUUGAUCCGGUGCAUGGAAAAAAAAAGUUGAGAGGAAUAUGGCCAAUGCAGGCAAAUGGAAAAAGCUUGUAAAAGACCUUGGUCGGCACAGACAAGAUGGGCUGAAGUUCUGUUUCCAUGCUGUACUUCACUAUUAACCAGAUCUUCCACUCCUUUGGAAGUAACUCCGUAUGUACACACAGUAGAAGUAGGAAAGAAGAAAUGUCAAGAGCCCGCAGUGACCUCAGUCCAGCUCCUCUGAUUCGAGCUCAAGGAAAACUGUCCUUUAACAAGGGAGAGCCAAUGCACCCUGACGUUGAAUCAUACAUUGCAGGACCCCGUACCUCACGUGCUACUGAACCCUUCAUGGAACACAGCGACAACAGGAUGAGGUCAGGAAGUUGCAUGUGGCAAUGUGUAGGCCUUUGCUUCGCCUUCCUUGGGUGGAUGAGCUGCUUGGCAACCACGUUGCUGCGUGAGUGGAUGACAAUGAACAAUGACAUAAUAUUAUCCGAGCAAUUCUCCAUUGGAAUCUGGGAGACGUGUGUUGCUCAGGAUGAAGGGUCAGUCCAGUGCAAGGCAUACGAUAGUCUCUUCGAUCUGCCAGAGGACAUUCAGCUGGCUCGAAGCUUAAUGUGCACAUCCAUUGCCCUUGGCUUGCUGAGCCUGGUGCUUUCCCUGUCUGGAUCAAAUUCUGUCACCUGCUGCGGAGAUGACAAUGCCAAAAAGGAGGGGUUAAUGAUCAGUGGUGGAGUGCUCUCUAUUCUGGCUGGAGUUAUGACCCUCAUUCCAGUGUCCUAUAUCGCCCACUUGACAGUCGUGCAGUUCUGGGCUACCGAUAUCCCCGAUUAUGUCCCACGAUGGGAGUUUGGUCAGGCUUUGUUUGUUGGUUGGGCUAGUAGCUUUCUACUGUUAUCUGGCGGUGUUUUGCUAAUCAGUGCCCAGUGCUGCUACAGAAAUUCCAAGAACAAAGUUCAACUGAGGCCACCACUACGCACCGAAAGGAGACAGAGACAACUGUGGUACAAAGUUGAAUAUGUCUAAGUAUGAAUGUAGUUUCCUUCACCACGCAGUUAGCCUAAACUUUCUCAUAGUUUGUAAUGGCACAUCAACCUGCCUGUGCACAAUGGGCCAACUACCACUUGGACAUUCAGCAGCACCCAAGCUCUGGAGCAUUGGAUGCUACUG